AUGGAUUGUUCUGACAGUGAAGCUAAACCAGAUGAAAAUGUUGAAGCUACGUCUUCCGUACCUCUUUCUGAUUAUGCUAAGAAGCUGGACCAGCGAGUUAAAAAGCGCUACGAGGACAAAAUCGCAGCCAUUGGGAUUGAUCCCGUGUUACUUGAGGGCAAGCACUUUGAACCGGAUUGUUUACCUCCCGUGGAAGCUACAGAUAUUUUAUCAUAUCUAGUCUUAGAGAUUAGCUACUACACGCAAAAACAAUUCAAGGCUUUUAGAAGUCUCGAGGCCUACAAUCAGAUGGUAUCGGGAUUCAUUGCGAGCGUCGAAGGGCACAUUGUCGCAAACAAGUUCGUUGGUUUGGCAAAGGUGAGACAUUCACAACGUAUGAAGGACUCUUUGAUUCCUAUCUGGAUAAUCACAGAACGAGAGAGAACGAUACUUUCUGCCCAUUGUUUGGGUUGCAAGGCCGGACUGGCAGAAUCUUGCUCUCACAUAGCCAGCGUUUUAUUUUAUCUCGAGGCUUGGACAAAGAUAAACGGUCGGCUUUCGUGUACCUAG